AGUAUGUCCACUACUGUCCAUGAACUUCCAUUAAAAUGUUUAUGCCAUGAAAAAAUAUCUGUGCUGAUACCGCAUUGGGCCUUGUUAGACCGUUCUUACCAGACGUUAACAAGAUGGCUGCGCCCAUGAUAUGUGUUCCAGGACAGAGAUUGUGUCCAGAUAAUGAAAAAGUAACUGCUGGAAGGGGAACAUACUCCAGGAAUGGCUUCGUUUAUUCAUCGUUAGCAGGCUAUUUGCAAACAGCUCAUUCAGAGGAUGGAAAAAACAUAAUAGAAGUUAUCAGAGAUGGCGAUGAAAAUGUUGUUCCUUCAGUUGAUGCCAUAGUCACAGCAAGGAUAACAAAUGUUAGCCCUCGUUUCUGCAAGUGUUCUAUCAUCAAAGUUGGCAAGACUGACUUGAAGGACUCAUUCCGGGGAAUGAUAAGGAGAGAAGACGUGAGAGCCACAGAAAAAGACAAGGUUGAGAUGGCAAAGAGUUUCCGUCCUGGUGACAUUGUGAUGGCUAGAGUAAUCUCCCUGGGGGAUUCCCAGUCCUACCUACUGAGUACUGCCGAGAAUGAGCUGGGGGUCGUCAUAGCAACCAGUGAAGCAGGUGUGACCAUGGUGCCUGUUAGCUGGUGCAAGAUGAAAUGCCCUAAGACUCGACUGGAGGAGCAUAGAAAGGUCGCAAAGGUGCAGGCCAGGUUUAUAGAAUAUUCAGGCUCAGGACCAUAGCCUGACCCAACCCCAGCAUAUCUCAUCUUUUGUUUUUGAUAUCUUGUCACCUAAACAAUAAAUCUAAUAAAUGCCAUUUUUAUUGUU